AUGGGACAGACUUCAUGCUCGUGCAGGAGGAGAAGCUGCGACCCCCGUGGCGGGGGCAAGCGGCAGCGACUCCUGCAGCUGCGCUGGCGUCAUAAGUUCCUGUGGAACCUGCGUGCGGCCUGGCUGCUCCUGGAGGAGCCCCAUAGAGCGGCUGUGAUGACCAAAUGGGUGAAGAGCGUGGUCCCACCGAGCACCGACCGCGCCUGCGCCGUGCACUUCGCCAAGCUGAGCGCGCCCUGGGAGUUGCUCGUGUUCUACGAGGAGGAACUGAGGCUGUGCGCAUCGCUGCAGAUUCCUGGUAAAUUCCCACGACCCCUACUUUUACAACACGCAGAGGCACCGAAUGGUGAGACAGUUGCCUGCGGAGAGUCCAGCUGGGGCCUUAUGUGGAUGGAGCUGGCCCAGGAUUCUCCCUGGCGGUGGCAGCGAUCCUGGCCCACCAGUCUUUGGGCAGCAGAAAAGCGCAGAGGGCCCCUUGGAACUGCCCUGGUACCAGGUGCUGGGUGCAGACCUCAACCCUCACCAAUUGCUAUACUUAUACUGGGCCCACUGGGGAUGCUGGAACAAGUACUAGUCCCUGGACCAUGUACGAGAGUGCUUUGGGGAGAAGGUGGUCAUCUAUUUUGUCUGGCUAGCAUCUUCACAGCCUUCUGGGCCAUGGCCUUCCUGGAGCACUUCCUGGAAGUACAAGAGUGGCUCCUUGGCCCACCACUGGGACUGCAUGCUUUUCAGGAAGAGGAGGUGAUGCCCAGCUCAGCCCUCCAGACCCACAACUCUGCUUCCCAGAGUUCCCAGACGUCACAGGUAUGCUGGGAAGAGCUGAGACCUGAGAGUCUGACAUCCCAGUCUCCAAAUCUAGCUGCUUCCCAGACUUUUCCUGGGCCACUUUUCUACCCUCUCCUGACAUCAGGAUGAUGUUAAACAUUGGGAGCCUUUAGGGUCUCAAAGAGAAAGCCUGCCUCAGACAAGGAAGAAGGGGGAAGCAUCCACUUACCUACCCAUCCAGCCACCCACCUGUCCAUCCAAACAUCUAGUCAUUGAUCCCGAACCUGUUUGUGUCUCUCCAUCUCCACAGCCACCCCGCACCCUCGGCCCAGUCCAAGCCAGUAUUCUUUCUCACCUGGAUCACUGCAGUAGCCUCCCAACAGGCCUCCCUGCUCCUAGUUUUGCCCCACGUAAUCCAUUCUCAGCUGCCAGGACAACCCUGGAAAUAGACAUCACAUCCUGCAUUAUCCUACUCAAGGCCUUCCAGUGGGCUCUCAUGGGAUGCACUUGGAAAACCAUCCAAGCCCCUCACAGAAGCCUACAGGAUGGCCCUGUGUGAUCUGGCUUCUGCCAUGCUCUCCUCCACUGGCCCCACUGGUUCUUUGCUAUUUCAUGCACGGGACAAGGUCAUUUCCACCCCGCGGCCUUGGCACUGGCUGUUCUCUGCUAGAAUCCUCUGCCUCCAGACUUUAUGUGGCCUACUUCUUGUCUUUCAGAUCUCAACUUACAUGUCAUCCUCUUAGGCCUUCCUUGGUCCCCGAUCCAAAGAGGAUCCCUCUCACUGUUUUAAUGUCAUCACAACAUUUAUCACUAUAUUUUCUAGUUUACUUGUUUCUUUUCUCUCCUCUGACACUAGAAUGUGAGUUUCAGAGACCAUGUGUGUGAUAUUGCUAUAUUCCCAGGUCCCAGAAUAGUGCCUAACAUAUAGAAGGCGCUUAAUAAAUGUUUGUUGGGUGAAUCUUUAAAUCAUAACCUAUCUCUCCACCUAUCCAUCUGUCCAACCAUCCAUCAUAUAAUCCAUCUAACAGAGCUGACAGGAAAAUAGAAAACAGUCCAGAUAUUUCAACAGAGAGGAUUUAAUAUAAGGUGUUGCUUGGUUAAAUAGAUUUUGGAGGCCUGAAAAAGCAGAAAGGGAACAUUGAGCUAACAAGGUCAGUGUGACUAGUGCCCCCUGGAGUAGGGUAGUGCAUAACUCAUGUGACCUAAAGCAUGGCACUGCCUUUGCACACGCUGUUCCUCCCCCCCCACCACCACAGAAUGCUCUCCCUCCACUGUCUCCUUACUUAGCAUCUUUUCCAGUGAGUAGUAAUUGAAUAAACUGAUACAUUAUCCACUCAUCCAUCCAUCCAUCCUCAUGUCCAUCAUCAAUCCAGCCACACUUUCAUCUGCUUCCCCAUGUAGCCUGCCAUCCAUCCAUCCACUGAGCCACCUGUCUAUCCAUCUACCCUCCACAUGUGCACCCUCUUGUAGAGAUUUGCCAAUUGUUUUCCCAUCUGUCCACCUGGUGCCCACCCAUCUAUCCACCUAUCCAUCCAUCUACAGGCUCCUACCCAGGCCCUGGGAAGAAAUGCCCUGCAGAAACAAAAACGAAUAAUUCCUGGACUUCCAUAGCUCCCUGUGCAGGCAGGACAAGGUGGAGGGCCUCUCCCACCCAGGGUCCUGACAUACAGCCUCUUGGGCCCCAAAAUGCACAUUUCUGUUGCCCCCUCUGACAGGAGUGCCCAUGUCUAGAGUUUGCUACCCUAGCCCCACAGAUGGCCCAGAGCCCAGUGACAGGCCCUUCCACAGCUGCAGCUUGGUCCCAAAGUGGGAGGGCACAUUGCCCAAAGAUGCAGUGGCCUAUGGGUUUGUGGGACACCUUUGUCAGUACGGCAUGCUGCUUGGCAUUCAGAAUGAGGACGUGGGCCGGCUGAGUGGCACAUUGGUUAAGAGCUGGCUUGUGACG